GCUUGAUGAGAGCAUGGCCGCCUUCGCAUAGGAUGUUUUCACAUGUUUCUAUGCAGCACAUGUGCAACAGAAUAGCCACUUCCUCUGUUCAUAUACAGCUCAGAGGGGAUCCUGUGUGUGUGACUGCACUUACUGGCCCAGUAGCCAGCAUUGCUCCUUUCUGGAUUACCCUGACCACAGGCUGGAGGCAGAGGCAUGGCUGCUGGAUUCAAGUGAGUUUACAGGUUUCAGUGUAGUCUGGGGGGCUGGUUUUUAUGGCCAUUCCAGACAUACAGUCUUAGUCUGGAUACUGUAAUACCCCCCCCAUGAGGGUUUGUACUGAAAGACCCCAGGAAUGGAGCCAGGGAGCUGUGACUCCUGAAAAAAUGGAACACUGGCUGCUGCUAACUUGUUACAACUAUUUUACAUUGAAUUUGAUGAGCACAAUACUAAGGAUAAAAAACUGGCACAUGAAUUCUAGAGAGCAGCGUCCUUCACAACAGAUUAUUGUUGUUUUAUUUGCAAAACAGAAUAGGAACAGACUUUUGACUAAUUUAAAAAAACGAUUUCCUGUCUAGAAGUAAGGCUUUAGUGAUGGUUUUGUUUUAGCACAAAACUACCUGUCAUUCCAGAUUGUUAGCUAUGAGAUACCUCUGCAAAAAACAAACAAUUGCCCAUGAGUUACAGUUCCCUGCAAAUAUAGUUAUUUGUUGAUAUAUGGUUAUUUUUAGUUAUAUAGUUAUUUGUUGAUAUGCCUAGACAUAUGGCAACAUCAAAGCUAAAAAAAGUGAAUCUGGAAAAAUCCUCUAGUCACAGCCUGGUUAUUGUAGUCUCAAUUUUGACAUUCGAACUUAAAGGACCACUCUAGGCACCAGGUCCCUCUAGGAUUAACCCCUUUUUUUUUUUUUAUAAACUUAGUUUCAGAGAAACUGCUAUGUUUAUAAUUGGGUUAAUCCAGCCUCUAAAGCCUCUAGUGGCUGUCUCAUUGACAGCCGCUAGGGGCGUUUGCGUGCUUCUCACUUUGAAAAUCACAGUGAGAAGAUGCAAGCGUCCAUAGGAAAGCAUUAUGAAUGCUUUCCUAUGAGACUGGCUGAAUGCGCGCACAGCUCCUGCCGCGCAUGCGCAUUCAGCCGGAGAGGAGGAGGAGAGCUCCCCGCCCGGCUCUGGAGAAAGAGGUAAGUGUUUACCCUUUCCUCUCCCCAGAGCCCGGCAGGAGGGGGUCCCUGAGGGUGGGGAGUAUGUUUUCCUGGCACUAUAGUGGUCCUUUAAAGGAACACUUCACACUCCUAAACGCUAAGGUAUUUUAGGGGUUUAUACAUGGCUUGACAAAUUUGCUUUGAAUCUAGGAGCCAGUGUUUUUUUUUAAACUAAGAAAGCUUUAUUAAGCUAAUAUAUGGUAUAAAAUACACCUAGUAGUGGAGCGCUAUAUAGGUGCAACUUUUUUAUUUAUUUUUUUACUUACCCCACAAAUUAGGUAAUAUAGUGAAUAUCAAAUACAUAAAAGACAAAAAAGAAAGGACAAAAGAUAGUGUAGAUGGUCUAAAAACCACAAUAGAUUAUAGAUAAGGCUAAAAACCACUCACAUGUAACGGAGUCUAUAAAUUAUUGGCUCCGUAAGAUGAACUUUUAUGCUCUUAAGGCAGCAUCAAACCUCUUCUUCUGUAACGUCUCCUCCAAUGGGGAUAUAAAGAGAGAAGCAACCAAUGUGUAGUAUUUUAGCUUACAAAAAACCUUAAAGACAUAAAAUAGGUAUUAAGCUCACCUUUUUUUAGAGUCUUCAACUCCUGGCUCUAAGGGUAACAAAAGGGUGCCAAUUUUCUGGGGAUGGCACUACCCCAAUGAAGAUUCUUAAAGUGACACUGUAGGCACACAUACCACUUUAGCUUAUUAAAGUGGUCUGGGUGCAAACUCCCGUCACCCUUAACCUUGAGCGUAAUUAUUGCAAUUUUUAUAAACUACAGUAAUAACCUGCUAUGAUUAACUCCUCCUCUAGUGGCUGCUAGAGGGACUUCCGGGUUGUUAGGCGACUUUUGGUCGCCUAAACGACGCUGGACGUCCUCACGCUAUGCAUGAGGAAUUCCAGCAUCGCCAAAAUCCCCAUUAGAUAAUGCUUUCCUAUGGGGAAAUUCUAAUGCAAGUGCGGCCAUUGCUGCACAUGCGCAUUAGGUCUCCCCCCGCUGGCGGACGUCGGAGGGGAAGGAUUGUGGGCAGUGCGACCUAGUAUGUACGCCAGUUUGCCAGCCUCUUCUCCUGGGGGGCCCAGGAGCUGGCCACCUCAUGGCCCCUCGAGGCUGGCAGUGGCGUCACUUGGCGGGCGCGCAAGGGAGCAUUCUCCCCUGAGAAUAUGAUGUCAUUCCGGCUCCGGCAUCAGUAAGUGGCGCGCGAGGGAGCUGAACAGGAGGAUCAGUGCUCCCUCGCGCGCCCGCAGUGACCGGCUACCCAGCAGCACCACUGGACCCCAGGGAAUCCCCUCAGCAUUUCCAAAGGUAGGGAGGCUGGGGGAUGCAAUUUAAAAAAAUAAAAAUAAUUAGUAUGUGUGUCAGUGUGUGUUUGUGUGUGUCUGUUAUUGAGUGUGUGUCUGCUAGUGAGGGUCAGUGUGUGUGUGUUAGUGUGUGUGUCUGUUACUGAGCGUGUUAGUUUGUGUGUCUGUUAUUGAGUCUGUGUUUGUCAGAGAGAGUGUAUGUUUUGUAAGUGAGUGUGUAUGUGUGUCUGUCUGUCAGUAAAUGUGUGUGUCUGUUAGCUAGUGUGUGUGGUCAAAACCCCUUCAGCACUUACCUUUCUCCAGCGCCAGGUUCCCUCGGCACUGGGGAUCUCUCUGCCCCGAUCUGCCUCUCAGCUCCGAAUUUGCGCAUUCAAACCGCCCAUAGGAAAGCAUUACUCAAUGCUUUCCUAUGGACGUCCAGGGUCUUGAUAAUCGCGGAAGUGCCUCUAGCGGCUGUCAGUGAGACUGCUACUAGAGGCUGGAUUAACCCUCAGUGAAACUUCUAUGUUUUCAGCUGCAGAGUUAAAACUAGAGGGAUCUGGCACCCAGACCACUUCAUUGAGCUGAAGUGAUCUGAGUGCCUAUAGUGGUCCUUUAAGUGUAUGUAUCUGCAUACAGUGGUGUACAUACCGUGGUCACAGGGGUCGCAGCCGUGCGACCCCUGUGACCAGGUGCCCGCCGCCAUGUGUUGCUGCCCCGACCGCGCAGAGUAAGCGCGUGGAGGGGGGGCAUGGAUCAAUUUUCGGACAGGUGCCCCAUGGAUUGUGUGUACGCCACUGAAUUCAAUGCAUCUCUAUAAGUAGAUGCUGAUUAGCAAAGCGUUUUGCCGCACUUGCGCAAUAGCCUCACAAUGUUUUCCUGGGAAAGCAUUAGAUUAGAUUGGCAGAGAUCAUCAAGAUUGAUGAUCUCAGCCAUGGAGACAGGGCUAGCCACUGCAAGACUGGCACGGCAUUGGGGGAAAAAGGAGCGUACAAACACCUUUCCAUGUAAUCAGAGGGGGGCUGUUCACCUAAACACACACAUAUUCACUGACAGACACAGCCACUUACUGAUUUGACACACACUCACUGAUACGGACACACCCACGGAUACUGACACUCUCAUACACAUAAUAUCACACACUCACAAAUUCUUGUUAUUUUAUUUUUUUUCAUUUUACAUCCUCCCAGCCUCCCUACCUUGGGGAGAACUGGAGUGGAUACUUUUUCUGGGAUCCAGUGUGGCUUGUGUCAUCUUACUGCUCUUCUUGCUGUGCUCCCUUGGCACUGUUUAGUGAUGCUGGGGCCUGAGUGACAUCAUAUACCGGCUCCGAUCAUCAUAGCAGGACGCGCGAGGGAGCAGCGCAAGAAGAACUUAAAGAUUACAGGUCCAGUACCGCCUUCAUUCUCCCGCAGGCGCAGAUCGGCUGACAAACGCCCAGGCGCCAGGACAAAAUUCCUAGGCACCAUAGUGACCUGACUUCUGGGAUUUGUCGAGCCCUGGAUUAAUAGAUUAAUAGAAAUCAGUAUUUUUAUAAAGUGACAUAGUUACACCUCCGUAGCUGUCAUCGGACAGGCAGGAGCGUAAUCUUCCAGCACAAAGUAGAGUAGAUGGAUUAGAGGUAAGUUAACCCUUUAUUUUGGGGGAAAAGGGGCAAGAUAAUCUAGUCUGACAAUGCAACACUCCAGCAUUAUACAUAAAUGCAUUUAUUUAUAAUGCUGGAGUGUACCUUUAAGGGGUUACUCCAAGCAACAAUGACCACUGCAGUGAUUUGAAGCGGUCAUGGUGUUUGGAGCCUUUAUGUGCAGCACCGACGAAGGAGGCCUCUACGUGUGGUCGAAUGUAAGCUUUCCUCCCUACCUUCCUUCCUCGAGGUGAGGGGGGCAUGCUAUUUAAAAUCAAAAUAAAUUGCCAUUUAAGAACAGUUUGGCCUUUACAUAUCUCUGUCUGGUACCCAUGCUGCUGCUGAUCUGAGCUGGUUCUCACUCCUGCAUUAUCAUAACAAGCUUGGAAAUAAUUAAUUGGCUGAAAGUGCUAGCCGAUUCAUAUUAUUAUACUAACUCAUACCAUACAAGUAUGAACUAUUGCUUUGCCAUAGUGGCUCAAAAUGAAAGCCAUGGCAGAGACAGGUAAGUACCAAUAAAAUGAAAGAUAAGUGUGUUUACACAAGCCAAAAAGGCAUAAUAGUAUUAAUUAAGAGCCAACACGUUGACAGAGGUGUCAUACUCUUCUUAAAUGGUUUUGCAAUUUACUGCCAGGCUGUGCCAGGGGACUUCUGGCACAACAACCCAACCAGUCCAGGGCGCUGUAGUGGCUAUGAUGCUUAGACUGUUCUGUUGAGAAUCAACAUAUCCUUUUUUCUUUCUUACCCCCAGAACAGUGGAACCCUUGGAAUAUUACAGAAAAUUUCUGGUGAGUAAAAAUAUGGCUUCAGCUCAACUUUUCACAAAAUAACCAUUGUAAUGCUUGUAACAUAUCCUAGAAAUGUCUAGCUCAAGAGGGCCAUUUGAACAGGGUUGCCCAAAGGGUAUAUACCCAGAUGUUGUAGAGCUAAAACAUGAUGCCAGCCUUUAGAAUAUCAAAGCAUCAUCAAAGCUCUAGUUACAAAACAUCUGGAGAUUUACCUUUUUGGCACCCCUGCCUUAGAAGGUUAGAUUAACAGCACUCGUAUUUACACAAAGUUUAAUGAUAACUAUUCAGGCAGGAUUUUAAUGCAGAUCGCAUAAUAUAAUAUAAAAUUAUUUCCGUGCUGGAUCUCCAUUUUCCUCAGAAUAUAUUUUUCGCCGCAAAGAUUUCUUAGUUUUCAGUUAUAUUGAGAUAAUGCAUCAUACAGUAUUAUAUGUUUAAAACAAAUGUAUAAAAAAAUCAAGAGAAGAGUUAAAGAGAGAGCUAUUUAUGUUGGAAAAUUAUUUAUUGGCACUGGUAAAUGUGUCUCUCCUACUCAGCUUAGUUGGGCUAUAGAGCAGAAAGAACAUUUAAAGGGACACUAUAGUCACCAACACAACUACAGCUUAUUGAAUUUGUUCUGGUGAGUAGAAUCAUUACCUUCAGGCUUUUUGCAGUAAACACUGUCUUUUCAGAGAAAAUGCAAUGUUUACAUUACAGCCUAAGGAUAACUUCACUGGCCACUCCUUAGAAGGCUGCUAGAGUUGCUUCAUGGGGCAGUGCCACUGCCAUUCAGUGUCUCCACCCUCUGCAUGGAGACACUGAACUUUCCUCAUUGAUUCAGUGCAUCUCUAUGAGGAGAUGCUGAUUGGCCAAAGCUGUUUUUGGCUUGUGCUGGCUCUGCCUCCUUGACAAGCUUAUCCAAUCCAGUUGGAAAGCAUUGUGAUUGGCUGAGAUCAUCACUUCUGAUGCCAUCGGAUGGGGGGGGUGGGUAAAGCUCAUGUGCGGCGAGAGAUGCAAGUACAUUUACCCCUCAUCAUAGGAAAGCAUUGCUCAAUGCUUUCCUGUGGGGAUUUUACUGACUCUGGAUGUCCCCAUGCAGUGUGUGAGGACGUCCAGUGUCAGGCGACCAAAAGUCGCCCAACAAGCAGGAAGGACCUUUAGUGGCUGUCUGAUAGACAGCCACUGGAUGCAGUCUUAGUCCUGCAAUGUAAUUAUUGCAGUUUCACAAAAACUGCAAUGAUGUAUAUUGCCGGACUAAAUGGGACAGGGACACUGCAUCCAGACCACUUCAAUAAGAUGAAGUGGUCUGGUUGCCUAUAGUUUCUCUUUAAGAUUAGAGGCAUAUGAUGGAAUAUGCUAUAAAGAAAGAUGGAGGGGGGUGAGUUAGUGAUAGCAACAUUUUGGAAAUGUUUGUUCAGGGAAGCCAAAGUGCAGGUAUGAGUCUGGAAAAGCAAGGAAUGCAAAGGAUUCACAAAUAUGCUUUUCUAUAGGGAAUGAGGGUGAUGCAAGAAUUUGGUUUGGGCUCCCUAUAGUACAAGGGUGGCCAAAAGGUAUUCAUCAUUUGCCCAUCCUUACUAGGUUGUAUUUGUGAGCGGUUUGUGUUCCUGAAUAAAGGCAUGUUUUUGUAUGGAGUAUGUGUGUGAAUGUAGGGGUGUAUUUGUUUGUACAGUUGCCAUUGGAAUGAAUAGUGUACUUCUUUGCAAUGUUUGCAUUUGAAUGCAUAGGUGUGUUUGUAUGCAGUUUUGGCUUUUGAAUGUAGAUGUGCCUUUGUGUGUAGUUUGGUAUUUGAAUGCAGGAGUGUUUGUAUAUAAUUUUCACAAUAUAGUGCAGGGUAUGUUUGUAUGUAAUGUUUGCGUAUGGAUGUAAUGUUGGCUUUUAAGUGCAGGUGUACAUUUGUGUUUAGUAUUAAUGUUUGAAUUAAGUGGUGUGUUUGUAUAUACUUUUGGCGUUUGACUGCAGGGGUUUGUUUGUAAUGUUUUCGUUUGAUUGCAAGGGUGUAUUUGCAUGUAGUGUUGUUUAAUUGCUGAAUGUAUGCCUGCCUACAUACAUACUUACACAGAUAAACAUACAGAUUGACACAUAAACACACGAAUGUAUACACACAAAGACAAACGCAUACAAAACACACUGACACAGUUAUACAUAUACACACACUGAAGCAUAUGCAUGUGUGUGUAUGUGUCAGUGGGUGUACAGUUGUGCUCAAAAGUUUGCAUACCCUUGGAGAAUUGGUAAUGUAUGUACCAAUUUUAAAGAAAACAUAAGUGAGCAGGCAAAACACAUUUCUUUUAUUUCUUAUGGGAUUCAUAUUCAACUGAAGGUUGUAACAACAAAACAUGGCAACAAAGAAAAAAAUGAAAUGACCCAUGUUCAAAAAUCUGCAUACCCUUAGUUCAUAAUACUGUGUAUUGCCCGCUAUAGCAUCAAUGACAGCAUGCAGUCUUUUGUAAUAGUUGUCUAUGAGGCCCCUAAGUCUUGCAUGUGGUAUAGCUGCCCAUUCGUCUUGGCAAAAUGCCUCCAGGUCAUGCAAAGUCGUUGGUCGUCUUGCAUGAACCGCACGUUUGAGAUCUCCCCAGAGUGGCUCAAUGAUAUGAAGGUCAGGAGACUGUGAUGGCCGCCCCAGAACCUUCACCUUUUUCUGCUGUAACCACUGGAGGAUCAACUUGGCCUUGUGCUUAGGGUCAUUGUCAUGCUGGAAAGUCCAAGAGUGUCCCAUGCACAGCGUUUGUGCAGAAGAAUGCACAUUAUCUGCCAGUAUUUUCUGAUAACUUGUUUCACAGUGGGAAUGGUAUUCUUUUCACUAUAGGCCUUGUUGAUCCCUCUCCAAACAUAGCGCUUAUGAUUAGAGUGUGCCAGAAGCUGUGAGAUGUGUCGGAUAUAUUGUAAUUGGGCUUUUUGUGGCAUUGGCGCAGUAAAGGCUUCUUUCUGGCAACUCGACCAUGCAGCAAAUUUUUGUUCAAGUAUCAUUGUAUUUGGCUCCUUCAAACAACCAUGCUGUCUUUUUCCAGAGCAGCCUGUAUUUCUCCUGAGGUUACGUGUCAGCUUUUCUUUGUAUCCCAAAAAAUUAUUCUGGCAGUUCUGGCUGAAAUCUUUCUUGGUCUACCUGACCUUGGCUUGGUAUCAAGAGAUCCCUGAAGUUUCCACUUCUUAAUAAGUGAGAUUGAACAGUACUGACUGGCAUUUGAAUAUCUUUUUAUAUCCAUUUCCAUCUUUAUAAAGUUCCAUUACCUUGUUAUGCAGGUCUUUUGACAGUUCUUUUCCGCUCCCCAUGGCUCAGUAUCUAGCCUGCUCAGUGCAUCCAUGUGAGAGCUAACAAACUCAUUGACUAAUUUAUACAUAGACACAGGUGUGGGGAAUUAACCUUUAAUUGCCAUUUUAACCUGUGUGUGUCACCUUGUGUGUUUGUAACAAGGCCAAACAUUUAAGGGUAUGUAAACUUUUGAUCAGGGCCAUUUGGGUGAUUUCUGUUAUCAUGAUUUUAAAAGGAGCCAAACAACUAUGUGAAAAUAAAUGGCUUUGUAUGAUCACUAUCCUUCAAAAAAAAAGCCAAUUUUUUUGCAUGAUCAGUCAUUUUCAAAAUCAAUUGCAAUUUUACUUUCUAUGAUUUAAAAAAAAAAAAAAAAAAUGUAUUUUACAGAAGGAGAACUGCCGCCCAGAUGGCAGAGAACUAAGUGAAUUUAGGACGACAACAAUAAAUGUUGGUAAGUAUUUUUAUAGUGUGAUAGAACUAUUACAGAAAGGAAUGGGCAAUGACAACCAUUUUUCACAAGGUCUAAUAAUAUCUCCUUUUGUUCAGUACUGUGAUGAUUAAAUGGAUGCAAAUUAUGGCCUUUGCAUUAGUUUAAUGGCCCACGAUUAAAUUCUAGAAUUGCCUAAUUCUUCACUUGCAAUAUGAUGCGCAAUAAAACUAAUAUACCCUGGGCAUUUUCUGGGGAUUCGGUCAGUGUUAGAUGCCUGUUCUUCAUAGUAUGGAGAGCCAAUUUUGGAUCACGACACAAUGGGUGAGACCCACUAAUUCAGAGAGAGGGUUUGGAGACUAUGUUUGAGAAGUGCAAUAAUAAUAAUAAUAAUAAUAAUAAUAAUAAUAAUAAUAAUACCUUGCUUUGUCUGAUCUAUUCUUAGAUCUUGUUUAACCCCUUAAGGACACAAGAAAUUGUCCAAGUUCUGAACCAAAACAAAACCUAGAAUUUGUACCAUGUGCUUGUUUCAUUUAACUGUAGUUUAAGGGUUUCUCUUUAAUUGUCUUUGUACUUAUUAUAUAUUGUUUUUUGAAAGGACAGAAAGGGCUUUCUUUUAAUAUCCUAUAUGUAUAGCUAAGACAACAGUAAGUGUAAAUACAAUGUUAAAAACUGUUUUUCAUAGUUUUGCUUAUAAUAAUUUUUACACACCCAGUGCAACUAAAUAGUAGCUAAAAAUAACAUUCACGUCUCAGUCCCGAUUGUUAAAUACACAAAAUAUCUAGGAUCUAAAUACAUUUUUAGUAGUUAACACUAAUACUAUACCAACUCUACCCAUAAUCCUAUGCUUACUCUAAUGCUAACUGUAUACUUAACCUAUCCCUAACUUUAAAACGGCAUUAAACCUUACCUUACACUAACCCUACAAACUAACCUUAAGGAAAAUAUUCUCAUCAUGUCAGUACUGAUAUCAUCAGAUUGGUUUCCUAGUUAAAGCAGAGAGUGAUAUGUUGCUGCAAUCUACUGGACGUUUUCAGUAUUGCAGGGAGAGUUUCCUGUAAUACUGAAAUCAAGCCUGAUUUUCCAGGCGAUUUCACUAUGGUACCUUAGUAACUAUCAAGGCCAGCUCCAAUCACAAUCGGACUUAAGGUAUGCAGGGAGUCUGUAGAGACUUAGGGGGUCUCCUUUCAGUAUGUAAAUCACUGCAACUGAGGGCAGUCUGCUCCGCUGUGUUUUUUUUUUCAGAGAAUUUAAAGGACUAUAUGCUAUUGCUGCCUAGCUAUUAAUGCCUGGACUCAAUGGUGUUUGCAUGGAUAUAACCCUACUCACACGAAAGGCUGGGUCAAUACGUCUUGACAUUGUUAAAGCCCAGAAUAGUUAGUAUAUAUUCUGGCUCCAUAUUUCACAUAUUAUUAUUAUUAUUAUUAUUAUUAUUAUUAUGUUAUUUAUAUAGCGCCAUCAAAUACUGCAGCGCUUUACAAUGGGUGGACGAACAGACAUCUCCCGAUUGUAUGAUUAUGGUGACCACAAGGCAAAUGUACCUCCGCAUAAUAUGUGCAAGAUUUCUAAAUCAAGUUAACGUCAUUUUAAAAAUGCAGGUGGCCUAUAAAAAGGUUAGUUGUAUAUGGUUUUCUUUAAAUAUUUUUUUAUUUUAUUAUUUAAUGUCGAGGGAACAUAGGGAAAAAAGCACCAGUAAUGAAUAUACUAAAGCAUACCGUGAAUAUUCCACAUCUUCCUUAGCUUGUUGCAUUUCUCUAUGUAUUAAAUCAUCUCUAAUCUGUCCAUCUAGGCUUUGAACAGAAUCCUGUAUAAGUGUUAAUUUGGGUUUGGAUAUUCGUUAUCCAACCAUAGAGCGUUUUCCCAUUUAUUAUACUGAAGCAAACAGGUUUAAGAAUUUAAAAGGACACUAUAGUCAUCAAAACAACUACACCAUAAUGUAGUUGUUCUGGUGAUUAUAGUAUGUCCUUGCAGGCAUUUUCAUGUAAACACUGCCUGGGUCACGUUAAGCGUCUCCACACUCUGCAUGGAGAUGCUGAACUUUCCCCAUAGAGAUACAUUGAUUCAAUGCAUCUCUUUGAGGAGAUGCUGAUUGGCCAGAGUGAUGUUUGGCUCCUCCCACCUACUUCCCCCUCCUUGGCUGAGAUCAUCAAUACUGAUGAUGUCAGCCAAGAUGGAGGUUGUGGGUGGGGCCACUCAAUAGGCACUGAAAUAAAUGUGUUUUCUAGUUAUGUAAGUGGGUUAUGGACAUCUAAACACUAUAGGGUCAGGAAUACAUGUAUGUGUUCCUGACCCUAUAGUGUUUUUUGAAGGCCAAAGUAGAAAGGCUUGCGUUUCCUCCAGGUGAAUACAUUUCGUACUAAGUACCCAUAACACUAAGCUAAAACACAUUUGUGGAUUCCAGAAUAUGCUUUGAUCUCUCUAGAUUUUAAACCUUUUAUUGUUCAUGUUCGUAUGAAGCUGUCCUGUUUUGAUGCAUUAAAUCUAAUUAUAGGUUCGAUCACCACAGCAGAUGGCUCUGCUUUAGUGAAGCUUGGGAACUGCACAGUAAUAUGUGGCAUAAAAGCGGUAAAUAACAAUUUUUCAUUUAUAAAUUCUGGGUGUGUGAAACAGUUUGUACUGUGAAACUAAAGAGUUGGGCUUAUUUACUUCUCCUGAGACACAUCUUUUGAGCAUGGAAGUUGGCAAUGGUAGAAGACCGGUCUUUGGUUGUUUUUAGCACCAUUAUAUGACUAUUAUUAUUUUUAAACUGGGUUUCUUCUAACAAAAUUAAUUAAAAUGAAACAUAGUAGAAACUGAAGUAUUAGUGCAGAUAUCCAGCUGCUUUGUAGGUUCUGUUUGUAAAUUAACAUCAGCAUGUAAUAUGCUAUUGACAUUAUUAGUUGUUUUUUUUUUUUUUUUCUUCAAACCUUUUUAUGUUUUUUUUUUUUUUUGCAGGAAUUUGCAAACCCCCUUGCAGAUGCUCCAGAUAAGGGCUACAUAGGUAUGUAAAUAAUAGUUAGUAUGUGAGAAUACGUGCCAGAUUGUUCACCAAGUCACACGUGGGAAAUAUCAAAGGAUCUACAAACGCUAGUCCUAAAUAGAAGAGACAGAGAAUUUUUUUUUGGCUUAAGAUUUGUAAAUUCCUUUGUCAACCCCCCACAAUUUCUAGUUUAAUGAACAACCCUGACUCGCUGGAAUUUUAGCAACUAUUUGUCAGGUGUGAAAAAUAAAAUUAAAUAUAGAAUUCCACACAACUUUAUCCUACAUGGGUGCCUCAAUCUUCACUCUCUGUCAAUCAUUGUUAUAAGAUCUAUCCUUUGCACAUGGUGGUCAGCAUAGAGAAGGCAAGAAAAGAAAAAAAAAUUAAACAAUGUUUCUGUUGCUCCUUCUCAGUUGCAAUCUUUGUCCAGGCUUUGCCUUGUCUGUACUCGAAUAUGGUCUACUUUUCUAAAUCCUUAAUAAAAAGUAAAAAAAAAGGGAUGCCAGGGAUACAGUGCUGUAUUUAACCUUGAAACACUAAGUGCAUAAGGAACAGUGCACCCAGAUCACUCCAAUUAGCUGGAUUAGUCUGGGUGCCUAUAGAGUCCCUUUAACACAAGUUAUAUAUUGUUUUCUUUCUUUUUCUUUUUUUAAUUCAGUGGUGUAAUUCCAGAGAAGUGACUGUCCCCUCUUUAGUUACUAUUAUUGUUUACAUUCCCCUUGUUACUUACCGGGUAUAUAAUCCACUUAUUAAAUAUAACACAUAUAAUCUCCUUUAUACCUUAAAACCAGCAAAUGGCACGGCUGAAUGCUGGCAUGUUUGUUAUCCAAAUAUAGGGAGUGCAAGCACUGAUACCAAAUACUUUAUAAAAGUGACCUACUUUCCUUAGGUCAAGGCCACGUGUGUGUGUGUACUUAUUGGGUUAACACAUUUUCCCAAUUCAAAACAAUGACUCCCCUGCUCCAAUGCCCUAUUUAGACACAAGUCUGGAGAAUAGCUUUGCGAUCUUUUGUUCAGAAUGAUCAGAACAUUCUAUUCUGUUCCCGGUGAAUGACGAUUUCUUUCUGUUCUGAUCAUUGAGACUACAAAGGGGGUGGAUGGAAUAGAAUCUUUUAUUCUACUAAUUAUAUAACUACUUUUUGAAUUGCGCCUGAUUUACUUUCCGUUAGUACUGGAUAGGGAUUUGUCAUUUUGAAAUUAUCUCUGUCCCAUUAAUGGCCUCUAUUUAAUAAGCUUUCUAAAUGAUCAAAUACCAUUAGAGAAAACGUUCCAAAUAAUUUACCUACAUCAUUAAGGUCUGUAGAAUUUUUUUGGGUAGAGAACUCAUUUGGAAAGCUUAUUAAAUGAAAGCCGAUGUUCCUAUUUGUUCUACGCCGUGUUUUGUUUGCACAUAGAAAUCGAUAUUCUAGUUUUGUGGCAUGGAAUAAUUUAAUUCAGGGGUAGAUAACCUUCAGCACUCCAGAUGUGCUCUGCAUUUCUUAUAAUGUGCUUACAGGUUACAGCCAUAAAGCUGGCAAAGCCUCAGGGGUGAAAAUGUUAAUCACAUCUGGAAUGCCAAAGCUUGCCUAUCCCUGGUUUAGUUUGUAAUCCUUAUUUUUAUUUUAUUUUUUUAGAAUCUGACUUCAUGUAAACUAAUGAUCAUGGCAAAUAAUGAUCAUCUGUUUGUGCCAGUAUGUGCAAAAACAAAACGGUUCACAAAACAAUGUGAGUGAAUUGCCCACCAGGAUGUAUAACAAAAGCUGGUUCGCUUAAACCAUGAGAUGACAAAAUGUUGAAUUUCAGCUGUUCUAGAACUACCAUGAUUCUCUGCCAAGGCUGGGAGUAAAACAUGUGGUCAUCCUGGUUUAAUUCAAUUGCCCCAAAUGCUGUAGUUUGUGUUUCCCAUGAAGUAUAAUCACCUGGUUGGGCAUCCUUGGGAACAUAAUUUAGUACAGCUGGUCAGCCUUUCAAAAAUCCUGUUUUGCGUGCCGUACAGUAUUUCAGAGAUUUAAAGGAAAUGUAGAGAUAUUUUUUUUAAAUUUGAAACAAGAUAAAACUGCUUUUUGGUUGUUAAUGAUCACGGUGCCAACACAGCUGUAUGUGUAUUUUCAGUUCCCAAUGUAGACCUCACACCCUUGUGUUCUUCACGGUUCCGCCCUGGUCCCCCAGGAGAUGAAGCCCAAAUGGCUAGUCAGUUUGUUGCAGAUGUUAUUGACAAGUAAGAUACUUUUAUACAUAUAUUGUGGAUGCAAGUUGAGGUGAGUGCUGUCUUUUUCUGCUUUUUUUCCUCAGUUUGUCUAUAUAAAUAGUGAGAGAUUGUAUGUGUUUGUAUGCAUUUUUUUUUUAUUGCAGUCAAAAAAAAAACUAUUCAAAUUCCAUAACAUACAAUAUGUUUCUGUCCAGUUCACAGAUGAUCCUAAAAGAAGACUUAUGCAUUACUAAUGGCAAGGUACGGGUACAAAAUAUAUAUAUAUUUGACUUCUCCACUUUUUAUGAUGUGUUCUCCUACGCUGUUUUAAAGGAACAGUUUAUUGUGAAAAAAAAUUAAAGUUUAUUUAUGUAACAAUUUACUAGAUAUACCCCCAUUGAAAACGCACAUGGAUUUGUUGAUGCAUUUUUUUUUUUACUAGGGAUAUAUCUAAAAAUGGCUUGCGAAAGCUGUAGAUCUCAUCUGAAGCCUUUGCAAGUCCCCCUCCCCCCUCCUUUUGGAGCCCAGACUUCCUGCGGCUGUCCAAUUACAGACUUCCUAAUGCAGCUCAGUAAAAGGUCUUUGCAAGCGCCCUUGCCUGCCUCAUGAGUUUUGCUCUUCUGCGCUCAACUACCAGGAAGUAAUAGGACCUGUUUUCUAAUUGACAACCUGGGGGUGUAAACAGGUUCAUUUAGAAAAGUGUCUCAAUUUCUAUUGAGAUCUGCAAUUUUUGUAAACUGAAAAAAGAGGACACAUAAAACAUUUCAGCAAGCUAGAGUGCUUUAGGUGUUUUCAAAUGUUGUUCUAAAGGAACGCGCCAAGCACCAUAACAACUUGAAUGGAGUGAAGUUAUCGUGCCAGAAGGUUCCUGGCAAUAACUUACCUUUAGGGGUUAAACUGUUCAUGAAGUCCAGUGUCCAGCACCCAAUUGCUUGGCACCCUGUAGUCCCACUGCUUAAUUUCUUGAAAGAGGAAGCCUCAGACGGGUGCCACUGAUUGGCUGAGAGUGUCGGCUGACUUUCUAAGCCAAUCAGUAGGCUCCCCAUUCACAGUGCGAAUUAAGAAUUGUAUAAAUGGAUACUGGACUUUGGAGUUAAAGCACUUGUUUAAAAUUUUAAAGGUUUGCAAGCUCCAGGGACUUCCUGGCACCAUAGCUAUUGAAUAGCAGUGACAUUAUUAUGCUGCCCAUAGUGUUUAACCCCUUGCAUGCCCUGGUUGAGUCCCACAUCGAUUGAAUGCUUAAUGCAGGGAAUUAUUUGGGAGCCCCUUAAUGUGGACUAGAAUCCAUUUUUCUUUGUGAUCAUGUUUAAUCCCAAAGACAACUAAAAUGUGCGUCACUGGUCUUUUUUUAAAUGUGGCCAUAGGACAUAACAAAAAACUAAAAUAUGUUGUUUUGUGGUGGUUUGAACAAUAACAUUAAUUUAAUAUAAUUACAUUGGUGGGACUCUUUGUCCUUUAAAUGAAAAUUGCAUUUUCUUACUUCCAGAUGAUCCUCCAGAACUGGAUCCAGCAGUUUUACGUGCUUAUUUUCCCCCUAUUGCAUAGUGAACGAGUCAUUUGGGGACAUGUGUGAUUGAGCGUAGCGAGUGAAUGAAAUCCUUUACCUAAAAAGACCUGUGCUGCAUCAGUGACCACAUUUGCUUUGUUUCCAUAGCUGGUAUGGGUUCUGUACUGUGACCUCAUAUGUCUAGAUUAUGACGGCAAUCUUCUCGACGCUUGUGUCUGUGCAUUGGUUGCAGCUUUAAAAAAUGGUAAGUCCUGGCAGUAUCUAGCCAACUGCAUACACUGUGGCAUAAUACUAAAACCAAUAUCUCCAGUGUAAGUUAGAAUGAUCAGUCGGUCCUUGACAAUUAAAAGGUUCGCUAGCUUUACUUAUGCAAAAGUCUAGUGCACUAGUACUUUAUAGUUGAAUAUACAUUAAAAGUCAUCCCCUCUCCUUCUCUGAUCUUUUACCCAAGCACAUUGUUACAACCCCUUGUUUCGUAGAUACCAUCAUCUUGGAAUUCCAUGAUACCUUGUGCUCAUGAACUGAUUUGUAGUUGAAAUGAAGAACCCCCUGGUCAUGAGAACGAUUUGCAGUAAUUCAGUGAUGUGCAGGAUCAAUGGGUUCCAACAAUUCACUAUAAACUGCAGCGUAGUUUAGAUAUGCAUGAAAUGCACAAUGCAUUUAGAUAAGGAAUUAUGUUUAUUUGUCCACCUAUUCCAAAACCAGGAAGUACAGAUUAUAUUAUAUUAUAUCAGUCACUACUGCUGGGACACCAGUCAUGCACAUUCUUCCUAUGGUCUUUCAAAAGUCAGACAAGCUUUUUUUUUUUUUCUUUGUAGUUUUAUCUUUUGAACACAUUUAACAUUUUAUACAAGGAAAUCUGCUACUUGUUGAUUUUAGAAUCUGUUAAAUGUUCUGAAACAAUAUUGCUUUCAGACUAGUCAUAUUUCCACACCUGAAUGUCUGGUGUAGAAAGUCACAGCUUGUGCUUUUUAUGUGGAGAGCCAGAGGGAACAUUUUAAUUAGUUAACUUUGGUCAAAAUAAUCAUUUUCUGCUUUGAAUAUUCUCCGAGACGUUGUUGGUCUCUUUUUACAGUGCGACUGGCAUCUGUUAAAAUAAACGAAGAUACUGGUUUAGCAGAAGUUGAUUUUGAAACAACUAACCCUUUGAAAAUCCUGAAACAUCCUAUUUCUACAUCAUUUGCUGUUUUUGAUGGGUGAGUAUGACACAUGAACAGGAAAAAAAGGCUUACUCAAAAUUUUUUGUUUAUAUUCUAAUUAUCAUAAAAUCUGUCAAGGUGGAAACUAAUAUUUUAAUGAGACAUUCUUUAAUGUGCAUACUAAUCAUCAUGUUUGCAGGGCAGUCUUUGGACUUACAAGUGCUCAGUCCCAGAGUCCAGUGCGUGCACAUUCCUCAGCAGCCACACAAUUUAUUUUAAUUUUAUAAAGUGAAUAUUAAAAUGCUCAAUCACGUGUCAUUUCUAUUUAUCAACCAAAGGAAAACGAAUUGAGUAGUGUGUUGGAUGUGAAGUUGUGUAUAUUUAUGAUGGCUGUAUGUGGCAGGCUGUGUGUGAUUUGUGUAGGUAACUACCUUGUGGUCCAGUGGCAGCUGUGAUUGUGGUCAUGCUCCCUGGUGGUUGCGUGGAUAUACAGUGACUGAUAGACUGGUUAUUCCAAAUAUACUUCAUUAUUAUGAAGUAUUAGUCCUUGCUCAGUUCCCUCCAUUUCCAUCGAGACAUUUAAACUGUGUCAAUAUGAAGGAUUCUGUGAUAUCUCCAGCUAGAAUAUGAAAUCUCUUAUUGACUGACUCCAAAACCACACUCUCUAACAUCUGUCCAUUACCUGGAGAUUAGGAAAAACCCAGAAAGAGAGUAUGAUAUUUGUAUUUUAUCUCUACUAACUUUCCAUUUCUUGAUCAUGAACAUAUAACCUGACCAUUUGUCACAAUGCAGGUAUUGGAAAGUCCUUGUUUAAUAAAAUCAUGUUUCUUACCUUCAAAGUGUUGAGCUGUAUGUUUACAUUGCCCUAUUAGGAGGGUUAUUUAAACUUAGAUGUUUUCUUUCCAUAUCGACAAACUUACAAAACGAUACCCCAUAAAGAUAGUAAUUGAGAAGGGUUGAUUACGGUAUGUUACACUGCAAUCCAGAAUGCUACCUAUAAAACACCUGCAAAUUACAAAGUAGGAUGAAAAAAGGAAGUUCAUACUAAAUUUUCCAAUGUAUAUUGGACACUGGUCCUAAAAUAUGAUGGUUUUCUUGAGAUGUACAAAUCAUAUGGAACUAUCAUACGAACAGCUAUUUCCAUGGUAGCUGACACUUUUUCCAUAGCUAGAAAAGCGUUAUUCCACCCUUUAUACGUUUGUCUUUUUCCCACAUUUUCUGUAAUCCACCAGAAUAAUUAAUACAUCAGUUACUUAAUUAUUCCUGUCUGGAUUUUUUUUUACGUCCCCCACCACUACUAAGAUGUUUUUCCUGUUGAUUUACUAAAAUGCACAUUUAUACAUUAAACAAAACAUGUAAGAAGCUGCACCCCUGCCAACUAAACCUUCUACUCUAACAGUGCAGGGAAGAUUUAAACGUUUGCACUCUUUUUUUUAUUUUUUCUUUCUCAUCGCGAAUUAGAUUUAUUUUUUUUAUACCAAAAAUUGAACAUGAAAAAACAAAACUGAUGAAAUAGCUGCGGUGAGGAAUAAUGUGACUCAAGUAAGGACACAAAUAGGAGUCCAUCGGAAAGGCAUCAGAAAAGCCAUACUAAAAGCAAAUGCUGCACUUUUUAUAUAUAAACUACAAUUUAUAUUGGAAUGUGAUAGCAAACCUUUUAUUUUUUUUUUCCUUCUUACCAUGAAGGAUGCAUUCAGUAAAGAUGUUAUGUCUCUUAUGCCUUUAUCUAUGUGUACAUCUCUGUCUAUGGAUUUUUGUAUAUGUAUCUUACUGUGUGUAUUACUGUCUCCAGACGUAAAACUUCUAAAUGUCUCUCAAAAGAAUAAAAACCUAAUCUUUAAAGUGAUUUUACAGGUUUGUGUCGGAAUUCUAAUGACUGAUUUACACACCUGUAAAAAUAAAUAGCUGAAAUCUUGUGAAAUCUUUUGUUCAAUAUACAGACUUUAUUGCUGUAAAAGCUGUCACUUUUUUUUAUAUAUAUAUAUAUAAAUCAUGUUAAUUUUUAUGGGCACUCUCCCUUAAAAUUUUAGUUUUUAACCUCCGCCUGUAGGAAUUGAUUAUUACUAAUUUUAAUGGUGAUAUAUUUUCCGACAUGUUCAUGCAGAAAUGUGACGCAAUGUGCGAUUAAAUUAUUAUUUUUUUAUGAUUACAUUUUAGUUGCAAGUUGAUUAUAGAAGCAAGUAUAUUGGGCAAAGAAAAUCAAAUGAAUGUUUUAAAAGUAAAAUUGCUGUGCUGUUCGUAGGCAGUAAUGAAAAAGGUUGCAGUUUUGGGAUUUGCUUAUUUUGCCAUUAUUCUGAAAUUAACCUAUAUUUCAAAUGUGUCUUUUUAGCACAUUCCUUCUAGUGGAUCCCACAGGAGAGGAGGAGGGCUUAGCCACUGGGCUGAUGACCAUUGUAACUGAUGAAGACGAACGAAUAUGUUCUAUUCGUAAACCAGGUAAUUUUUAUUACUCUAGGUCACAAAAGUUCUUUUGUCUAUAAAAAUGGCUGAAAAAUAGGCCAGGGACAUGUAGUUUAGGAACGGAGUGUCUAAAACAAAUAGAUUGGUGUCUGUGACAGUGACAUGGUAUAUCAAGCACUGUCCACAAUCCUGUGGUCAGUUUAAAAGAUGGAAGUCAGUGGAGCAGUGCAAAUGAGAUCUGUGACUCCAGAUCAGUUUGCCUCCCAUUUUUUUUUCUUUUUACUUAACAGGACUGGUUUAGCUUUAUUAGAAAUUUCCCGUAAUGUAUUAUUUUAGCAGAGCUUUUUUUCUUAUGAUCUUUUCUAGUUUCCGCAGAAUGCUAUGAGAUUAACAGUGUUGUUUGGAAGACUAACAUGUUUCCAUUUUGCCUUGUCAUAACUAGUGUACGUCGAUAGUUGUGUAACCAUGCUCUGUUGCUUCUGGGGCUACUGUAAUGCUUAAAAGACCACUCCAUAUUCAUAAAGCACUUGGCUUGCUGACGUUGUUUACGGGUGAGGAGUAUCCCACUGAAAAAGAACUUUAUAAAAUAGUGGAUUAUCAUAAAAAUCAUUAAAUAUCCCCUUGAAUAUUGAAAGUGCCCCCUGCGUUUCUACUCACAGACCUCACCUAAGACCAGUGCUUGUUGGGAUAUUUUCAUAAGCUUUCCCAGUGAAGAGACUGAACAUGUCUUCCAGGGAAAAAAGGGAGGACUCACAAAUGAUGCAUUUCAGAAGAACUGCAGUUUUAGCAAGCUCUUUCAAGAUAAACCCCCAAUGUAUACAUGCAUUAAAGGACCACUAUAGUGCCCUCAGGUUCCCCUCCCGCCGGGCUCUGGGGGGAGGAAGGGGUUAAACUUAACUCUUUCUCCAGUGCCGGGCUGGGAACUCUCCUCUUCGGCUGAAUGCGCAUGUGCGGCAGGAGCUACGCGCGCAUUCAGCCAGUCCAUAGGAAAGCAUUCACAAUGCUUUCCUAUGGAUGCUGGCGUCUUCUCACUGUGAAAAUCACAGUGAGAAACGCGGAAGCCCUCUAGCUGCUGUCAAUGAGACAGCCACUAGAGGCUGGAUUAACAAAUUUAUAAACAUAGCAGUUUCUCUGAAACUGCUAUGUUUAUAAAAAAAAAAAAGUUAACCCUAGUAGGACCUGGCACCCAGACCACCUCAUUAAGCUGAAAUGGUCUGGGUGCCUAUAGUGGUCCUUUAAAAACAGGAAAAUGCAUGCAUGCAUUAAGUGAGGGUAUAUCAACUAAAGUGCUUUUUGUUCCAUUUUUCUAAGGAGAGAUAGAAAUCAUAAAUUAUGAACACACCUACCCUUAAACUAAGUAUGAACCAAAACGAGUAUACAUUUUCUCAGUUAUUUUUUGCAAAGACGCAGAGAGGUAUUAGUCCAGAACAUAUAUUGAAACAUCAGUUUUAAAUGAGCAUCUUGAAAAAAAAUAAAAAUAAAAAUUCUGGAAUGUUUUCAGCAUCUGGUAUUCUCAUGUAUGUUUUCAUUAAAAUCAAGGUCCAAGUUACAAAGAGAGACCAUAGAAGGUCUCGUGAGUUAAACAUACACUGGCAUCAUUUGGGGACUAAAAGCAUCUUCAAGUUAACCUUGAUGGUUGUCACUCUGACUUAUUUAUGUUGUGGAAGAAAAAUAAAUUUCUCAAGGGUUAUACUGAUGUUGGAGCACUGUACUGUGAAUGGUACUCCCUUUUUAACAGUCAAACGUCUAAUGUUUAACCCCUUAAGGACACAUGACAUGUCUGACAUGUCAUGAUUCCCUUUUAUUCCAGAAGUUUGGUCCUUAAGGGGUUAAAGGAAAACCGCUGUUUUUAUUUUUGAAAAUAGAUUACAUGUAUUAUAGCCUCUGUGUGCAAUUUUGUAAUUCAUACAUUGAAUACCUCUUUAUUGCAUCUCCCUGCUUUACAGGGGUGGACAGUUUUGAUCCACUGUAUAUAGAAGCACAUGGUGUGCAUAAUUUCAAUGUCUGGAACAGCUCACAGCACAUUUUUGAAAUGUCCGUCAUUUGCAUGUGACAUUUGAAUUUGGAAUAGCAAAAUGUAGACAGUGCCGUUUCUAAGAAAUAGCACUGUUUUCAUUUGCAAGGCUGCAGGGGCAGCAUCUGUGCCCCCAAAUCAUCCAACAUUAAAGGUACACUAUAGUGUCAGAAAUACAAAUAUGUUCUCCUGACACUAUAGAUCUAAAAAGCUGUUUAAGGCCCCAGCCCACGCUGACCUAUGGUUAGAAAUGUGAAUUACUCACCUUUCUCCAGCGCCGCACUGGCCCCACCAACACAUUGCCCCCUUGGCUGAGAUCAGCAAACUUGGUAACUUCAGCCAAUCCAAUACUUUCCCAUAGGAAAGCAUUGGGAGGCUAUCAAGCAUGCGCGGCAAAUCAGCUACAUUUAGCUGUAGUUGUUCUGGUGACUAGUGUCCCUUUGAAGUGAUUUGAGAUCAUGCACAGUCCAGUUAUUUUGAAACAAAUACUUUUGUGCGAGGCAUAACAAUAAAAACCAAAUCUGCUGCUAAUAUUUCUUAACAUCUCACAAAAGGCAAGAAUUUAUAGCAGUUUGUUCAUGUGAGCACCUGUUCACUGCUUGAGAAAAAUACAUAGUCAUAACUAAAAAGUGAAGUGUCUUGAAAAAUAAGAUUCAGUUACACUGCAUACAAUUACUUUCUCUUUCAUCAAGUUAUUCACUAAACCAGCAUCUGUGUAGAAAUGAGAGCAAUCAUUUUAGGCCAAACGAGGUAAAUUCUACAAACUCCAUGUUUUUCAGUUCUGCCAUCACUUAACAAUGUGCAAUCCCUUUCACAGUUCUCCCUAGUUCCUGCUUGAAUAAAUAGCCCCAUAUAAUUUGCUAACAAAAUUUGUCUGGCAUGGUUGAUAAGAAAAUAAGUUUGGAUGGCACAAAUCUUAACAUUUGUUUCCUCUAGAUUAGAUUGUGCCUGCAAUCUAAAUGAUAGUAUACACAUAUCUCAUCUUACAUUUUUUUGUAAAUGGAAUUAAAAAAAAAACCAAACAAACAACAUUGUAUUUUGAUUUGUGAAACAUGUUGUAAACUGCUUGAUAUCUCUUAAGGUGGAAGUGCCCUGUCCCCAGAGAAACUCCAAGAGUGCAUCAGUCGAGCAGUCACGCGACACAAAGAAGUUCAAAAUUUGCUGAAUGAGGUUUUGGAGAGUGUAAAAUCAGAAAAGUCGUUUUAAAAUGAACAUGUAAAAAAUUUGUAUUUGUUGCUAUGGCUGCACAUUUUUGUACUAAAUAAAAUAAAAAAACAAACAUACAAUUAUUGAAUUUCAGAGAGUUUGCUAUCCUGAUUCAGUGUCUUUUUUUUACCCACACAGCUUAUUCUGUAUCGGGAAAUUACAUUUAAAAAGGUUUUAAAAUAGCCAUUUACAUGAUCUUUCUAAUACACCUUGUUUCUCUGUCCGUUGUUUUCCUCCUCUUGAUGCCUCUGUCUUCAGUGUUUACUUUGCGUUUCGCAGCAUUGUAAUGUUACCAUUUUUUAAAAAUAUAUAGAUAUAAAACUAGAAGGCCAUUGUUGGUUGUCGCAUUCUGUCGCUAAAUGAAGCAGUGAUGUGGUAUACAAAAAUCAGGGUUUUGGUUCCCAGGAUGUGGAUCCCCUUCUUUUAUUUCUUGGACUGUCUGAAUGAACCUGGUGGUGCAGAGGUGCCGCUUGGGCUGUUGCCAUAGCCAUUUGCUGCAUUUGAUGUCGCAAGAAUCGCAACUGCCAAAGUAAGGUUAAGGAAAGACAAAAAGGAUAACUUUUAGUACCGGUCAUAUUGGUUACAGGAAGGGCAGACAUGUGUUAGCCCUUUGACUGCUGUCAAACUACACAGCCCAUAAUGCUUUUCCAGCCAACAGGCUAGCAAAGCCUCGUAUUUCGAAAACAGUCAGAUGACUAUCUUUUGGGUACACCUGGAUUACAAGAGUUCCAUGCAAAGCAGGGGUUUAUGGACACUAUAUAGAACCAUGAGUAUGGUAGGAGGAUAAAUGAAUGAGCAGUCAUGCAGCAUCAGUGGCACUAAAACAUAUCAAAUUCCAAAACAGUUCUCUGCCCAUAUAGCUACAGUAAAUCAGCAACUUCAGUAAGGAUCCAAACACCUAGCAUUUCAUCCUUUCUAAUUCAUGCAAAAAAUCUGACUUCCACAAACUGCAUGUGAACUUGCUAGAUAGUUUAUGAAUCAUAUGGCCCAAUCAUGGACUAGUAACCUGGGUAGAUAAAUAGAGGGUGUAGUUGGAAAAAGCAGGAUAUGGUCCAUAGUUUUGUUACUCCUCUUGUAGGAAUUGGAACUACGCCAAUUACAUGCGGUGCCUACAUUUUGUAUACAAUACGCCAAGUUGACCAGCACAUGCACCGUAAAUCACAAAAAUGUUCUUUACUGUCGCAUCUUCCAGACUACUAGCAAAUAUUACGAUCACGGAAAUGCUGAAUGAUAAUUAAAUUUACUUUGCUGUGCCUACUUAGAAAGUAUUGUUCUAUCCAAACGUCUUGCUUUAUAAAGCAGAAUGUAUUAUUGUUUUGAGCCAGCCUGAGCGAUUUUUAGGGAAGUUGCUGGAUUACUUGUAUCUGUUGCUGCUGUAAGGCAUGUUGCUGCUGCUGUAAGGCAGGAGAGAGCUGGAAUUUCUGCUGUGGAAGGGUUGGCCCAGGUCUGUUCAUAGCAGAGCCAAGCUGAGGUAACACUAAGGAGAGGAGAAGGGGAGAGUGGAGGUCAAGAAAGAAGGUUUUGGAAUGAAGGAUCUAAAGAGAGCAAGGGCUUGUUCUUCGCUGCACAUCCAAUAUCAGAUGCACUUGGACCCUGAAAAGCUGCAGUUCAGUUCAAAUCUUUUGUGAAAGUAAAUAGUGUUGGUCUGCAUGUGUGACUAUUAAAUAUACAUGUAAAGGUCAGAAAAAAUAUUUUGCAAAUGAGAGCUUAGGGGAUCGAGUUUGAAGCACUGUGUGUUCUUGGACAAAGAUCUGGAAUAUAUUUACAUCACAUAAAUACAAAAAUAGAAUAAACAAUGAAAAUCAGCCUAGUCAAUGGAAGCGGUACACUUAAUUUUUAAAUUACGCAUUGGUAUAGGUGAGGGCAAAUUUUCAGUCAGUCAGUGAUGGGUCUUGCAGUCUGCUGUUUGUUGUGUUGCCAGAUCUACCUUGUUUAAAGGGAGCAUAACACGUGUAUGCAUAUAUAGUAUAGGAAGGCAUUUUUAACAUACUGCCCUCCUGCAUGUGCAGGGAAACAUGGCUGUCCUACAAGCGAAUCAGAAAUAAAAUCACUGACCAAUAUGAGGGGAAACAAGCUCUAACUCUCGUGAGCCUGAUACUUUUGGAGAUGAUUGCUUGCUCAAGAAAAAAAAAUUAUAGCGUAAAUUAAGGCAGGCUGUAGGUGACAUACUCCCUUCGUUUAUAUAUCUGUUUAUAUAUAAACCACUGCUGUCUUGAAAGAUUCACUUUCGCUGCAUGACUUAGCCACAGCAUGAAGGCAAGGAUCAUGAGAUAUUACGAGAUAGAAGGAAAGGGGAUAUUGCAUGGUCUGGAACAAACACUUGGGUUGCAGAUACAUACCGGCUGCUUGAGAAGGCAUAAAACCUCCUACUCCUGUUAAGUUAAUAACAGCUGCUUGCUGGGCUGAUAAAGUCUGAUCUUGACUAUUAGGACCCUGAUCCAUUCCC